AUGGAAAGUUUAAAUCAGAAAGAACAAGCGACAUUACAAGGUAUUUUAGAAGCUAAACAGAUGAAAGAUUUUAUGAAGAUGUAUUCUAAUUUAGUUAAUAAAUGUUUUUCAGACUGUAUUAAUGAAUUUGUAAGUAAGUCGCUUAAUUCUAAAGAGGAAACAUGUGUUAUUCGAUGUGCUAACAAAUUCCUUAAACAUAGUGAAAGAGUUGGACAAAGAUUCACUGAGAUUAAUGUUCAACAAGCGAGUAAAAUUGGAUAA